UAUGCACCUCCCAAAGGAGUGCGUCCUAAUUAUGACUUUAAUGAGCGUUUAUUUCGACCUCAAUUUAGAUCACAAUCUAAACAAAUGCGUUUUAACCGACCGCAAUCUAACAGUACUAGUGCCUCGCGUCCAAGAGGCAAAGGUGAUAAAAGAUUUUGACUAUUUACAGACGUUUCGGGGGGGCAGGUUAACGGAGUUUGUGAGUAUUUGGAAAGAGAGGGGUGCUCCAGAAGCACUGCUAAAAAUAAUAACAGGUUACAAAAUUCCUUUUCAAGCGAAACCGCCCUUGGUCAUGCCGCGCCAUACCAAGGUCCACUAUCAAACUGUUCCAUCUGUCGAGAUGGAUUUGGCAAUAAACAAUAUGCUAACCGAAAAUAUUUUACAGCAUGCCCCCGAAACGCCCAGUUUUUUAUCUACCCUCUUUCUAACACCAAAAAGCGACGGUUCAAUGCGUCCAAUUUUCAAUUUAAAAAGACUGAAUCAGUAUGUCAAAAUAACGAAAUUCCGACUAAUUUCGGUACAUCGAGUUCCAGACUUUCUACAGCCGCACGAUUUCAUGGUAAAAAUCGAUCUCACCCAAGCGUACUGUCACGUGCCCGUGGCCGUGAGUCAUCGCUGCUUUCUGAGGUUGAUGUACAAGGGCCAGAUGUUACAGAUGACCUGUUUACCAUUUGGGCUCGCAACAGCACCCAAGGUUUUUGCGUCCCUGACGAACUGGACAGCGGAAUUUCUGCGCGAAAAAGGUAUUCGAAUCAUUGUUUUCCUCGACGAUUUUUUAAUUGUGUGCCAGGACAGAGCCAAGCUCGUCAACCAAGUGGAGUUCGUGCUAAAAAGUCUACAGGAGCUGGGCUGGAAGGUAAACACCAACAAAUCUAUACUCUCACCUCAGACCUCUUUAGAAUACCUGGGUAUAGUAUGGGACACGUGGCAGAACAGGAAGAGUUUACCACAAAACAAAAUCCGGAAAAUAAAGGUAAAUAUUUCACAUCUAUUGAAGAGUCAGGUCAUAACUUUGAAAGAGGCUCAGAGUACUGCAGGCUUUCUAAACUUUGCCCGUCUCGUAAUACCCCAGGGCCGGCUCAAUUUCCGUUGUCUUUUAACACUUUCAAACAGACUGCUGAAACACCAAGACCGAACGUCGUUUCAUCUGCCGCAACAGGUAGUCAAGGAGCUCAAGUGGUGGUUAGUAAAUUGCGAGAAGUUCUCUCGAAUUCAUCCUCCCUCAACCACACAUUUCUUAACAACGGACGCGGCGGAUUCGGGUUGGGGGGCCGAGCUAAAUGGUAUUCAUAUGAAGGGAGAAUGGGUGGGCGCAGAAAGCUUACUUCAUUCGAACCAAAAGGAAAUGCUCACUGUUGUCAAAUGUUUAAGGGAAGUGGGUCCCUCUCUGAUUCAUUCGUCAGUUCUUCUACAGUGCGACAACAAAGCCGUUGUAGCCUACUUGAAAAACGAAGGGGGUUGUCGGUCGGCGGAACUGAUGAAACUAACUUACGAAGUUUACCAUCUGUUAGACAUUUUCGACAUACAUUUGAUUCCUCACCACAUUCCAGGCAGUUACAAUAUGGAAGCAGAUCGCCUAUCGCGGAACAUGUCCCCCGCGGAAUGGCAUUUACUACCUUCAACGACAGAUCUAGUGUUUGCGAAAUGGGAUCUAUCAGAUGUAGAUCUGUUCACUUCAACACGAGCUCAUGUGGUACCCAAAUAUGUGAGUCUAGACCAACGGGAUCGACAAGCAUGGAAACACAAUGCGUUUGCUUGGGAGUGGACCUUCAGGUUAGCGUGGGUAUUUCCUCCUCCGAGUGUCCUGCCCCGAGUUUUGAUGCAUCUCAAUCGAGCGAAAGGUAUGUACCUAAUAGUAGCACCGAGGUGGCCGCGGGCAUUUUGGAGAGCAGAUCUGAAGUCGCGAGCGAUAGCUCCACCCUUCACCGUCCGCCACCUGGAGACCAAACUAAUAGAUCUGACCACGGGCCUCCCUCCACCAAAGGUAAAGAAUAUGGUUCUCGAAAUUUGGAAAUGUGGGGGUGGACGCAAAAAGUUAUUAGAUCUGGGCAUGGAUAGGCGUAACUUGGCUAGCGUAGAUAAUUUAUUUGUAACCGUUUGUGGCAAGGCGAAAGCCGCUUCUAGAACUGUAAUAGCUGGUUGGGUGAAAUCUGCUUUGAGAGAGGCGGGUGUUGAAGCUGCUCCUGGUAGCGUUCGAUCAGCUGUUGCCUCUAGGAGCUGGUUAGACAAUGAAUCUAUAGAUAAAAUUCUUGCAAGGGGAAAUUGGAGGUCACAAAAUACCUUCAAAAAAUAUUAUAGAAAAGAAAUCACUCCACUGUCACCUAAAUGGAGAUAUGCUAUAGAGAGGCGUAUAGAAGACGAACGCAAAUUAACCAUGGACGCUGUAGGCCACGGAGCGAAGUUAAAGCCUGGACAAUUUUGGAACCUAUCUGGGACUUUUUUGUUCGCAGUAUACGUCAUGACAGCUCUAGGUUUCGGCGCUCCAGUCCCUCACACUAUAUGGGGACGAACAUCUGGACUUAUUUACGCAGCUCUUGCCAUUCCAACACACAUAUAUCUUAUGGUCAAUGCGAGCACGUGCUUCGUAAUUAACGCCGAAGCAUACAUCCAAUCUCUUACAACAAGUUUCAAAAGAAAAACUGCAAUAGAUUCUUCUAAAUCGGAUGUUCAGAAUAUCAAAGAAAGCUCGAACUGUAGCAGACAUUCGGGAGCAUUUAAACCGUCGAGAAAUAGUUUUAUUCGUAAAAAUGUGAAGGGCUGCCUUAAUAUAUUUUGCGUGGGACGCGGCCUGCCUUUUAUAAUCUUGAUGUAUUAUGCCCUCGGAGUAGUUGCCUUUGGAUUACUUCGCAACAAGAAUGUAUUGGAAACUAUUAUGUUUCCCUUGGAGUUUACGACAACUGGAGGAUUGGAACAUGUCGAGAGCUACGUGCGAGUUUUCUACGGGUUAUACAUAGAGGGCGCCAUGUGGCUGUUAGCUUGCACUUUGGCAACACUUCGACGUUGCAGUAGCACCACCAUAGACGAUUUUGCGCGCGAUUAUAGACUCUUCGUCACAGAGAAAUGUGUGGAAUGUGAAAAUGAUAUAAAACGAUAA